AUGAAUAGCGUGAAGUUCACCUCCCGAGCACUAGAUGGCAGCGGCUGCUUUCUGCUUGCUUGGUUCCCUCUUUGCAGUAGCUCAGUUCACAAACAUCCUGGUUGGUCGCCGUGGGUUUAGAAACAUGGAAAGCCGCGAAGCCUCCCAGGGCACCAGCAAUGACAGUGACAUCACGGCUGUCAUGGGCUUCUCCGGCUUCGGAAAGAAGGCUCGCACGUUUGACCUGGAUGCCAUCUUCGAGCAGACCCGGCGGACAGCCAUAGAAAGGAGUCAGCGAGUCCUGGUGGAAAGGCAGCAGGAGGUUGAACAGGAAAUGGCGGCCGGCUCCGGGCCCAGUGGAAACACACCUCCCAGUUCCGGCCCCAGGCAGACACCAAAGGACGACAGCAGCAGCGGCUCUGACUCCGAUUCAGACUCCAAGCUUAUAGGGCCCCCUGUCCCUCCUGGGGCAGGUGUGGAUGAGAGUGAGGAUGAGGAUGAGGAUGAUGAUGAUGCUCCCGUGGGGCCUCCACUGCCUCCAGGAUAUAGAGGCAGCACGGCAGAUGACGACGACGAGGAUGAAAAUGAGGAUACGAAGGAUGAAGAGGAUGAUAACCCAGUGAAGAGGAUUCCGGACACACAUGAGAUCACCUUGCAGCACGGCGGUAAGACGGUUUCAGCCCUCGCUCUGGAUCCUUCCGGGGCCCGGCUGGUAACCGGGGGCUACGACUACGAGGUGAAGUUCUGGGACUUUGCCGGCAUGGAUGCGUCCCUGCAAGCUUUCCGCUCGCUGCAGCCGUGCGAGUGUCACCAGAUCAAGGCCCUGCAGUACAGUAUCACUGGUGAUGUCAUCCUGGUGGUGGCUGGCAAUGCCCAGGCCAAGGUGCUGGACCGAGACGGCUUCCAGGUUAUGGAGUGUAUUAAGGGGGACCAGUACAUCGUGGACAUGGCCAACACCAAGGGUCACACGGCCAUGCUCAACGGUGGCUGCUGGCAUCCCAAGAUCAAGGAGGAAUUCCUCACCUGCUCCAAUGACGGGACGGUCCGCACCUGGGAUCUGAACUCAGAGAAGAAGCACAAAGCGGUGUUCAAGCCACGCUCACUGCAGGGCAAGCGCGUCAUGCCCACCUGCUGCACCUACAGCCGCGAUGGCAGGCUCAUCGCGGCCGGCUGCCAGGAUGGCACCAUCCAGAUCUGGGACCGCAACCUCAGCGUGCACACCAAGUUUCACUGUCGCCAAGCUCAUGCCCCGGGCUCUGACACAUCUUGCCUCACCUUCUCCUAUGAUGGGACGACGUUGGCCUCACGAGGAGGAGAUGACACUUUGAAGACCUGGGACAUCCGGAACUUUAAGAAGCCUCUUAACUCAGCUUCAGACCUGCCCAGCUUCUUUCCCAUGACAGACUGCAGCUUCAGCCCAGAUGAUCAGCUGCUAGUCACGGGCACCUCGGUCAGGAAGGGUGAGGGAAACGGCAAGCUGGUGUUCUUCCACAGAGCCUCUUUCCAGAAGGUGUAUGAGAUCGAGGUGUUUGACUCGAGUGCUGUUCGCUGCCUCUGGCACCCCAAGCUGAACCAGAUCAUGGUGGGAACCAGCAAUGGCCUGGCCAAGGUCUACUAUGACCCUGUCAAGAGCCAGAGAGGAGCCAAACUAUGUGUGGUGAAGAACAAAAGGAAGGAGAGGCAUGCAGAGACCCUGACCCAGGAUUACAUCAUCACACCCCACGCCCUCCCCAUGUUCCGAGAGGCCCGGCAGCGUAGCACCAGGAAACAGCUGGAGAAGGACCGUCUGGACCCGGUCAGGUCCCACAAACCAGAGCCCCCUGUGUCUGGACCAGGUCGGGGGGGCCGCGUGGCGGCACAUGGCGGCACGCUCUCCUCGUACAUCGUGAAGAACAUCGCUCUGGACAAGACGGACGACAGUAACCCGAGGGAGGCCAUCCUGCGGCACGCCAAGGCAGCCACUAAUGACCCCUACUGGAUCGCCCCGGCCUAUGCCAAGACGCAGCCUAAAACUGUCUUCGCUGAUGUGGAGGCUGAGGACGAGGAGGAUGAUGAUGAACCCGAAUGGAAGAAACGGAAGAUCUGAGUAGUGCCCCCUGCCUUUUCCAACUGGACAAGCAGAGCUGUCAGUAGCCAUGUGGGGCCCGGUGCAGCACCAGAUGGCCUCUGAAUGCUGCGUGUGAUCUGGGCUCCCUGUGUGUGAGGUUGG